AUGACAACUUGUCAGGCUUGUUUGGAGAAGGUAAUUUGACAAUUUUAGUGACAUGGGUAAAAUUUCAGUUGCAACACUGGCUUAGACAAUGGAAGAUAUUAAUCAGAGUGGUAUAGUGAACAAAUCAAUAAGUGACCUAUUACAUUUCAAGAACUUGGAGGACAUCGAUGUCUCCGCCGACGGGAGUCCGAUUUUGAGGUUAUUUAUCUCUAUUACUUAUUCAGUAGUGUGUGCCAUCGGUUUAGUUGGGAACUUGUUGGUGCUGUUCUUUGUUCGGGUGAGACAAGAGAGAAGGAAAUCCAAAAUAAACGUUUUCAUCCUUAAUCUUGCUGUGACGGAUUUUCAGUUUGUGUUGACUCUACCUUUCUGGGCUGUGGACACCGCUCUAGACUUCAGCUGGCCAUUUGGAGAUGCCAUGUGUAAGAUCAUCCUGUCGGUGACGGUAAUGAACAUGUAUGCCAGCGUGUUCUUCCUCACUACUAUGAGUAUCACUCGGUAUUGGUCUGUCGCCUCUGCACUGAAAGACCGCAGCAAACAGACCGUCUGCUCCGUCAAAUCGGUCUGCGUUGUCCUGUGGCUCCUGGCGACCGUGGCCACUGCGCCAACGUUGAUUUUCUCAACGGUCACAAACGUGGCAGGGGAAAAACUUUGUUUGUUAAGGUUCCCCGAUGGACAGCAUUGGUUAGCGGUAUACCACCUUCAGAAAAUACUGGUUGCCUUUGUUUUACCCAUGGUAAUAGUUUCUGUCAGUUAUUUGCUGCUUUCAAGACUCAUCCGCCACCGCGGGAUGAAGAAUAAUCCCAAACGCAGAACGCAAGUCACGAGGUCCAUAACCAUUGUGGUUUUGUCUUUCUUCCUCUGCUGGAUGCCUAACCAUGCCAUCACGUUCUGGGGAGUCCUAGUCAAGUUCAACGCGGUGUACUGGGAUAAGACAUACUACAUCAUUCACACCUACGUGUUCCCCUUGACUGUCUGUCUUGCUCAUGCAAAUAGCUGUUUAAACCCCGUCAUUUACUGUCUCAUGCGCAGGGAGUUCAGGAAGAAACUGAGGGAAUUGUUUCUCCGCGAAUGAGCGCGCGCACUUACCGUGCGCUCUGUGCCCGGGACGUGUAUCCGUGCUCCGGCACAUGUAGCCUUUUUUCUAGUACACAAGUCUUUAUUUCAUGGUUUAUUAUGUACAAGCACUGUAUAAAAACAUGACUAUGGGCAAAACUUAAUGCAAUAAAAUGUACUUGCAUUGUCACUUAUAUAAUAUCUGAGUCACAUAAGUUGUACACGAAUGUAAUGCGUCUUUAUUUUAUGACGUGUAGCCAAGACUAGUAUGGUGUGUCAUCUUUCUCUCAAUAACUGUCACCAAAAAAAAUGCAGUUACCGAAGUACUGUGGUGGUGAAAUUAUGUUUUAGGCACUUAGUUUCACUCUGUCUGUUGGUUAAUGUAAUGUCUUGAUUUGAUGCUAUUGAACUGUACAUCUGAAACACUUCUGAAUAUACAAUCCAAUUAAUCCUAACCUCAUUGUUUAAACAGCUGUCCUAGGAAAUGACUGUGAUUGCGCUCAUCCAUGUAAGACAGGUUUUUAGAGCCACAGAUAUGUUUAGUCAAGCUUGUGUUGUAAAUCAUGCAGUAAGUAUUCUCAAACACGCCAAUAACAUUCAUCAGUAUGGUACAGUGGUUUUGGCAGACAAUUACAUUUGCUUGCUUGAUGAUGCAUUGUUGCAUUGAAUGUCAUGUGCUAUCCCUCUGGGGUUACGGAGAAAGUGCAAAGAUUUAUAAUUGUGCAAUCUAAUUUAAGCAUAUCAUGUCAAAAUCACUGAAAAUGUGUCAGGGUCUACUAAACAUUGCUAUCUGCCCAUUAGGCUGGAUGACCCAGAAAGGACUCUC